AUGCCCUCCAUCCUAAACGACGAUGACAAGCAGAAUGUCAAGCGACAGGUCCCCAAGGCGUCCAACAAGAUCCACGCCGUCGCUGUCGCCAAACUGUACAUUGCAUAUCCAAACCACAACAGAUGGCAGUAUACCGGUCUGCAGGGCGCUAUAGUCCUCGCCAACGACCUCGUCGGCAACACCUUCUGGAUCAAGAUGGUCGACGUCUCGCCCUCGAACCGCGGCGUCGUCUGGGACCAGGAAAUCUACGACACCUUCCAGUACAACCAGGACCGUACCUUCUUCCACACGUUCGAGCUCGAAGACUGUCUGGCCGGCCUGUCGUUUUCAGAUGAGAAGGAAGCCAAGCAGUUCAAGAAGAAGAUGGACGAACGCGAGAAGAAUGCACACAAGAACACAAAGAACAAGCCAUUUGGCAGUGGGGGCGGCACGAACAAGGAUUAUGCUGCUGCCAGUGGACCUGGUGCUGGCUCGACUAGAUCCCGUUUCGGACUCAGCAGUCUGCUACCCGGACACCGCCAUUCGCAGGCUCCUCAGCCUCCAGCUCAAUCCAUUAUUCCACCACGCGAAAUGACUAUCACUCACGCUGCACCUGCUCGGUCUACGCCAUCUCACAAUCUGGACCUGUCGGAUCCUGCCGUACAGGAAGUGCUCAACCAGCUGCUGUCCAUGGGCAUUACCGAGGACCAGCUGGAGGAGCACGCUGGCUUCAUCCAGACCUACCUCGAGCAACACAAGGCUAGCGCCGCUGCCGAGGAAGAACGCAAGGCUCGGGCACCGCCACCACCUCCGCCUGUAGCUGCACAAAUGUCCCCCCAAACCACUGGAGGAAGUGGAAGCAAUUCGAGACGUGGGCCUCCGCCUGCGCCGCCACAACCUAGGAGGGGCGCCGCACCAGCGAGGCCACCGUCUCCCUCUCCUUCACCGCCACGCGCUCCCUCGCCGCCUCGACCCAUGUUCCGUGCUCCUCCUCCGAUCGCCGACGCCGGAAAAUCCAGGGCGUCGUCUUCUGUUGCUCCUCCGCCCCCACCACGUGUACCCACGAAGACACCCGCAGACGAAGCCUCAUCGUCCAGAUUCGGCGUUCCUCCUCCUUUCGCUGGCUCUCGUGUUCCUUCUGGCCCUCCUCCUACCCCUGCUCGAGGUUCUGUGCCACCACCCCCUCCUGCGAGGAACAAUAUCGCCUCUCCCGGUAUUCCUAUGCCGCCACCAUUACCUCCCAAAACUCCAAAUUCGGCCGCUCCUCCUCCACCGCCGCUCCCCCCACCGUCAGCUCGUCCCGUUCCGCCUCCUCCAGGAGCUGGCAGUCUGCCACCUCCCCCUCCUCCUCUCCCUCCGUCUUCUGGAAGCGCUCCCCCGCCUCCGCCACCAAUGCCUCCAAUGGGCGGUGCUCCUCCACCUCCCCCAUUGCCUCCAGGCCGUGCUCCUCCCGGCGGAGAUGCUCCGGCACCCCCACCAUUGCCUCCUGUUGGUGGUGGCGGCGGUAGAGACGAUCUUUUGGCUUCCAUCCGAGGCGGUGCCCGUCUCAAGAAGGUAUCUGAUCAAGAGAAGAAGGACCGCAGCGCUGCAGCAGUACCGGGCGGUGAACCUGCUGCGUCGAGCGGUCCAAGUAGUAAUGGUGGCGGCGGCGAUGCUGCUGGUGGUGGUCUUGCUGGUGCUUUGGCCAGUGCGCUUGCUGCCAGGAAGUCUAAAGUCAGCCAUAGUGAUGAUGAAGACGACAAGGAUGACUGGUAA